UACUAUCCAACAUCACCCAGGUGUGGCAGUCUGAGGGGGACUCUCCUCCUCUGGACUCUCUGAGCAACAAACUGUCACCAAACAGCUCCGAGCAGCUGCAGGUCUCUCAACGAGUGACAGAAGAACUCUUGGAUGAUGAUAGCCAGGUAUCCUGGGAUAUUGAGCUCUUGCUGGCUGAUUGGAGCAGCACAUCACCGGACCUCAAUCCUUCUAUGGACACCAAUGACCAACAGCUCCCACAGUUAAACACACAGUUAAAUCCAAACAAAGCAUAUCAUGAAGCAGCUUUGUUUAAGGACCAACCAGGACAGGACCAUCUGCAGGUGAACUGUGGCGGCCACAUGGCAGAGCUCCUCUCCCUUCCUGACACAACAGCGGUGGUACGCCCAGAGCUCUACCAACAUGGUUAUCACGACGACCAGACAGGGCUGACCUCAUUUCCCAGUGUUCCCAAUGCAGAUCAGUUUGGCUUCUCCCAAGGUGGCAGUGUGGAGAGGCACAGCAGAGGCAACCACACUGAAGUCUCUUCAUGUGACUUUAACCCUUACUAUCCCCGGCCCUCUAUGGUUACCUUUCAUGACAGUAGGUUCAUUUCACCACAAGCUGUGACCUCUGACCCCCGACACUACAGCUACGUGCCUCACUUUAACCACAAUGGCAACAUUUACUGUGACUAUGCCCACUGCCAGGCCACUGGUAAUUUGCCCCUUCACCAGCAGCCCAUGCUGAUCAGCCCACAGCUGCCCCCUGGUGGCAUGGAGGGGAAGCGAGGCCGAAGGCCUACAGGGAAAAAGAGGCCUGCCAUCCACAGCUGUGAAUACCCAGGCUGCAGUAAGACAUACACCAAGAGCUCACACCUCAAGGCUCACCUCCGUACACACACAGGAGAAAAGCCUUACCACUGUUCAUGGGAGGGCUGCAGCUGGAAAUUUGCCCGCUCAGAUGAGCUGACACGCCACUACCGCAAGCACACAGGCCAAAAGCCCUACCAGUGUCUGCUGUGCCAGAGGGCCUUCUCCCGCUCUGACCACCUGGCUCUGCACAUGAAGAGGCACAUAUGAUGACAAACACAUACAUGCAUACAAAACACUGCCAAUUACUCAGGAGAAUUAAAGGUAGAAGAUUAUGAUGACCUUGAUAUACUUUGAAGUUCAUAUUUAACUCUGGUUAAUAAUACAGACCUAAUCACAUAAGGCUAAAAUACUAAACUUAUCCUCUCACAGAAGGAUGCUUUGUGAGGACCAACACAUCCUUAAUGUAAUACCAGAUUUCUUUUGGCAGUAAGGACCACAGAGACAGACACUGUACACACUGUGUGCAUGUAGACAGCAGACUUAAACACUAAAAGACCUGUCAUUAAAUGUGAGUAAUAUGGGAAGCUAUACAAUACAAUAAUAAUCUAUUCUGUAUGAUCAUGUGGCACGCUGAACAAAGUCAUGUCUGCUUGGCAUCAGUGCUUAGGUGCAUCAAUGCUGAGGUGAUCUGAUAUCUCUGUCUUAUUACUCUGAGAACCUUGAGAAUGUUUAUUGUAAUAUAAACAACUUUAACUUUAUUUGUUAUUGUUUAAGCUUUUUAAUUUAUAGAAAACUGAGCUUUUGUGUCUGUCGUCAAGCAGAACUCAAAACUGUACAUACUCUUUGAUAAUAAAGCUUUUACAGUUAGCAUCUACA